AAUAUCCGCUCCUCCUCGAGUCGGACAAGGGGGCACUCCUAUUGGCGUGCGCAGAUCCUGAGGCUGGAUAGGCACCGUCCAUUUUCGGGAUUGGGCCAGCCUCGUAUCUACCGGCCAAUGGCGCCCACCCUUGCUCUCGGCCACGCCUCCUCGCUACGCGCGAGCGCGCGGCCGGCACGCGUUCCGGGGUUCCCGCCCCCUCCGUGAGCGCGGCUCUCCGCGGCCGCCACCGCCAGUAACCUGCGCCGCCAGGAUGUGGCUGGGGGCUGACGUCGGGUCCAGAUGUGGCCCCGGCCCCGCCCACCACCGGGGCAGGACCGCCCACACCGAGCCGCGGCGCGCACGGCUGCUGUCCCGCCUGCCACAAUGCGCGGCGAGGCUGCGGCCGCAACUUGGCGCGGUUGUCCCUAACGUCGCCGCUCGGCAUCCAUAGGACAGGCCGCCCCUGACGCCAGUCGGGAACCCCACUGUCCGCGCCCCCCAUGCACUCACUCUUCGGUGCCCGGCUGGGCGGGCGUCUCGCGGACGCGGAGUCGCUCGGGUGACGGCAGAGGCGGCUGCGCGCCCAGCCCAGCCCGCGGUGAGGGCGCGCCGCGCACCCGCCCCCCACAGCUCUCCCGAGGCCGUGGGUGCGGAUGCAUCGCUGACGACUCGCAGCGCCGAGCAGAGCCGCCUGCCGGGUGGCCAGAGUCCGCAGCAUGGCAGCCGCCGCCUAUGUGGACCACUUCGCCGCUGAGUGCCUCGUGUCCAUGUCAAGCCGCGCGGUCGUGCACGGGCCGCGGGAGGGGCCGGAGCCCGGACCCGAGGGCGCGGCCGCCGCUGUUGCUGCCACGCUGCCCCGUGUCGAGGAGCGUCGCGACGGCAAGGACAGCGCCUCGCUCUUCGUGGUGGCGCGAAUCCUGGCGGACCUCAACCAGCAAGCUCCGGCGCCGGCCGCGGUGGAGCGCAGAGAGGGCGCGGCGGCCCGGAAGGCGAGGACCCCCUGCCGCCUGCCGCCUGCACCUCCACCCGCUCCCGAGCCCGCUUCCCCCGGAGGCGGAGGCGUAGCGGCCGUGCCCCUCAGCCCCGCGUGGAGCGAGCCCGACCCCGAGCCGGAAGCAGGGCUGGAGCCCGACCGAGAGCCGGGGCCCUCGGGGAGCGGCGAGCCCGGCUUCAGACAAAGAGGCCGGCGGGGCCGAAGUCGCGCCGACCUCGAGUCCCCGCAGAGAAAGCACAAAUGCCACUACGCGGGCUGUGAGAAAGUUUACGGGAAAUCCUCGCACCUCAAGGCGCACCUGAGAACUCACACAGGUGAGAGGCCCUUUGCCUGCAGCUGGCAGGACUGCAACAAGAAGUUUGCGCGCUCGGACGAGCUGGCACGGCACUACCGCACACACACGGGCGAGAAGAAGUUCAGCUGCCCCAUCUGCGAGAAGCGCUUCAUGCGCAGCGACCACCUGACCAAGCACGCACGCCGCCAUGCCAACUUCCACCCAGGCAUGCUGCAGCGGCGCAGCGGGGGCUCGCGGACCGGCUCCCUCAGCGACUACAGCCGCUCCGAUGCCAGCAGCCCCACCAUCAGCCCGGCCAGCUCGCCCUGAGCCCGCCUGGCUGCCGCGGGGCAGCCCCGUAGCACAGCCCCACCAGCCUGUCCGCGGGCCUGGCCGCCGCUGCUGUCCGGGGCCCCAGGCCGAGGACCCCUCCCAUACCACAGCCAUGAGCCGAUGCUCUCACGUACUCUAGUGAUUCCGUGUCUUCUCCUUUUGUACUAAGAAGAGAGAACUUGGUCAACAACAAAGCCCCAAUUUUCUUCACCUCAGGUGUCAAAGUAAAUUUGUAAAAAAAACAAAAAAUUUUCAAAAAACACCAUCCACAAAUUGCACAAUAGACAUAGUCACGAAGGUGAGAUUCAGCGGUGUUGAACCCCCCCUUUCUCAGGGAUGGACAUCUUCCAUGAGGUCAGUGAGGACACCCCUUCCUGCCGCCUUAUUCUGUACAUAGAUUUGCACUCUGGAGUUUUCUGUUAGGUUGGGAACACACUGGCGAUGGAGCAGGCGAAGCAGUGCAGGUGGAGCUCAGCGUCUGGCCUGCAGGUCAGUCCGUUGGUCCGGCUGGAGCAGGCGGGCUCACUGACAUUUGUGCUUCUGGGGCAGAUUCCUGAGCAAGGGGCCGCACGUCUCCCCCCUCCUGCCCACCCACCCAGCCUCCAGCCUCUGCUCCCAGGGGCCCCACCGGGCCCAGUACAUGAAUGGUUCAGAGGGAUGCCUUAAGCUGUGCUGGGCAAAAGAAGCACCGCACCUGGGGACACUGCAGAGGCCCCUGCCCUUCGUGGGGCUCUGCGCAUCUCUCUCUGCCUCCAGGAGCCCCUCUCGGGGGCCUCUUGGAGCACUGGAAGGAGAUGCAAGCUGCAGGUGGGCAGACCACUGCACCAGUGGUCAUCCGCCGUGACAGCCUGGGCCGUGAGGUGCAUGCCGCACACGGGGAUGACUGCUCACUCUGUGUCCCUGCAGAAGGCACACAGGGACCUUUCACUUUGCCGUGUUCCCUGGCCAGAAAAUAGAGCCUGGAAAUCCGGUCAUCUACAAAGAUGUCUGAUAGUGUUGGUGCACCCGGAUCCCUUGUUCCCAGGAUCGGCCCUGCUACCAGGAGCCCUUUGUUUGAAACAGUGGGUAAGGUGGUCGGGCUGCCUUCCAGAGGCCCUGUGUGUGUGCCUCGCAGAGACCCUUCUGUAGCAAGAGACCGGAACAUUGUGACUUGGAACUUUUUUGGGAGAGGUGAAGCGAUGUUAUGGGAAAUGCUGUUGGAGCACGUGCAUUCUGUUUCCUCCCCGGGGAACAGCAGACAAAUAUUGUGGGAAAUGCUCUCAGACCCACCGUGUUCCCAGCUCAGCAUUAGCAGACCUCCAGCUUCUCUGCAAGCUCUGCAUCCGCCAGACUCCUCCCUCUCCCUCCAUUUCUCCCCUCUGCCUGGGAGGCCCCGGCCCACACCCUGCCUGCGGCACAUUAGGGCUCAGAGGCCCCGUUGCCAGCCUUCUCCUGCUUGGAGAGGAGGAGCAGAGAGCUGGGCAUUUUCUCCUGGAGCCCCAGCCUGAGCUGGGUUGGGGUUUGAGCCCCAGUGGGUCAAUCAGGCUGGGCUCCUCUGCAGACAGUUGGGGUUCCAGUCCCAUGCUGCUGCCCAGGCACUGCCCUUCCCUUAAUCCUGAGAGUUGGGGCCUGUAAAUACAAGCCCCUAGGACAGAGAGAGAGAGAGAGAGAGUGUGUGUGUGUGUGUGUGUGUGUGUUGGGGCAGGGGUGUGGGUGUAUGGGUUUAAGGCAGACUUAGGGUAUCUUGCAGAGACCUCUGCUCAUUUUGAUGAGGAACGAUCCAUGGGACCUUGGAGGGCCACACAUCGGCUUCCUGGGCCCAGAGUGCCUUGGUUGUGGCCAUCCUGCUUCCAUCUGCACCCUAACACGGCAUGGGGUGUAGCACAGAGAAACUCAGAGACCUGGCUUUGCUCACAGCCCUUGGUUGAUGGGUGCCCUUUGUCCGUAGUGACCCCGAGGGUGGCACUCUGCUGUCUGCAACCCUCCAGGUGCCCAUUUCUGACUAAACUGUGUGUGGGAUGGGACUGGCCAGUGGCUGGGUGGUGGCUUCUGAGUAGCAUGAGCAGUAUCAAUUGGGCAAUAGUUUUGUUCUUGCUGUGGAAGGAGCCAUGUGGGAGCAGUGCAGGGUGGGUGGCCUCCACCCUGGCCAGGCACAGGGCUGGCUGCCCUGGCCACUGGGCUCCAUCUGGGCUGUGUGACAGCCCUGCUUGCAUUUGGUCUGGGGAAGAGAGUGGAAUACGCUAUAGAGACCUGGACAGGAGAGGGCCCCAGGUGCUUGGAGUGGAGCUCUUCAUGCCAGUUCCAAAGUCAGGCCCAGAAGGGCCCUCAGAGGUCCCUCCCAAAGCUGUUAAUGUGUAAGGCACAGAAAGCCACACUCUGAACACAUUUCAUGUCUCAGGAACUCACAUUCCAGAUUCAGGAAUUUUAUUCCAAAGUCCUUUGGUGUGCGCACUGUCCACCGGGCCCCUGAAGGCGGGGAGAGGGAGCUGCGUGUCUCUCAGAGGCCGCAUGGCGCCGUCCCCUGGAGGAGCCGGGCGUCUCCUUGUGAUCUGCCCACGGCAUCUCGGAAGGAGAGUUUCUAACCCUGUGUCUAUCUGCACGUGAGAAGGGGAAAAAGGACUCUAAACCCAGUCAUCUGGAAUAAAAGAAGAGCUGGUUUGUUUUAGAGGCAGGGUGGGGGGUGGGGGAGGGAAAGCGGGCAUUUGCUGUUUCCAAAGAGAGCACUUAAUUUAAUUUUUCCUCUAAAUGACCCAGGGCUGUUCUGUCAGAUAGAUGGAAGGGUAACAUUGCCUUAAACAGAAAUAUGCAGGCAUAGGCUAUUUUUGGCAAAUGAGCAUGUCUUCAUUCCCAAAGUGGUUCUUGCCUAAUGGCAGGGUGCAGUCCUAUUGCCAUGGUCCUAGCUUGCAAGAUGGGACGCUGCUCUUCUGACUGAGGUCACCUGGAGGGAGUGCCUGCCUGGCACUCCUGGGCAUUGGCCUGGGGCUCUGGCAGCAGACCAUCUUGACUCACCUCAUCUCAUAUCGGGCAGGAAAGAUUCGUGAAUCUCAGGCAAGGCUCAAAUGGGCUCUCACUAGCAUCUCAUCAUCAUGGAAUGUGGAAUGCCUGUAAAAGACGGUGGUGGGCCUGGGAAAGGUGCCUCCCCACCAGCACCCACCAAAAGUAGUCACAAGAGGAGGGUGCUCCUGAAACAGCCUGCAUUUUCUUCUAAGAUGUAGAAUGUCUUCCCAGCCUGGGUCUCUUUCAGGGUCUUUCAUUUUUCUGGUUUAUGGCCAUGCUUGCUGGCUUCCGUGUGAUUCAGGAACCCAUAGGACUUGUAAAAGAAGGGUGAAAACUCACACUUUGGUUUGUGGCAGACUCCAGUUCUUGCAGGCCAAGGGGACAAAGAUCUCAAAAUGAAGGUUGCUUGUGAAGGCAGAGUUUCCCUUCAAAAAGGCCCAAAAGUGAUCCUGGAUUCAACCAUCAGGGGGCUCAUGUCCCAAAUAAGAAAAGCCCUCUCAUCAGCCAUAUUAGGGGACCAGUUGUCAGCUCCCCUGCAUGCCUAUGGAAUCCUACAGCCAUCCAAACAGACACAAAUGGACGCAGCUCUUUCCACAAAGGGCCAGGGAUCCUCUCCUGUUGGGUGCUAUGUAAGAAUGGGCAGUGAUAACCUUGAUGGAAAUGUGGCCCUAGAGGUGUCCUACCUGCAUCUCCACCCAUGGCAUUUAGGGCGCAGGACACCCACCUUUAUUCUGAGGCCAUGCAUCCGGGCAGGUGCAGGGUUUGCCAUGGUGCAACCUCCAGGUGCAGACAGCAGCACUGGGGUCCCCAGGUCUCACCGUGCCCCAGGUCAGAGUGCAAACCAGUGAAGGGUGGUUCGGAGGUGGGACAGACCACAGGUGGCCCCCAGCCUGCUAGCUGGGAAAUGUGGAGAAGGCUGGUGGCCUGUGGUCCCAAGUGGAAGUGUGGCAGAACUGGGGUCUCCAUUCAAGUCUCCUGCCCAGCCCCGAGUCUCCAGAAGACCCAGCCUCUUUUCCUGCCAGAAGCAGGUGCUAAGGCUGGCUGCAGAGGGCCACACCCCUCCCCGGGGGCUUCCGCGUCAGUCUCAGUGAGCAGGACGGCCGGCUAACGAGAAACGUGAUCUGAGCAAUGGCUUCCCCUUGUUUCUUGGCUCCUCGUUUGGCUGUGUUUACAAGGCUACCUGAUUAUUUUGACUGCUGACAGCUAUCACUGAUUUUUUUUUUAACUCAUUUUUUAAAAGUUGCACAAAGACAGUGCUAGAAGACUUAAAGGGUCUGAUGUUACCUGUCACAUCUCAACCAGUAAGAAAUGAUGGUAGGCCAUGCGCAUCUUUUGCUAUCCAAAGAUUCCACAUACGAUUUUGGUGACCAUAUUUUCCAAAGCUAAAAUCAAGGAUAUGGGCUGACACUCCAGGAUCUCUCUGGGAAGAGAAGGGCUAACUCCAAUUACUGAUUUUUCUGAUUCCAAGGCUAGGUUUCAAAGCUUUUUCCCAGACACAUUCCAGAGAAUUUUGUUUUAGAAUAUGGAUAAACAAUCCAGCUUACUACUGAUCAAUGCCUGGACAUUAUUUAGGAAGACACUCUUCCCCACACUGUCUUGUCUUUCAUCGGAAGAGUUGGGUUUGGUGGGAGGCAUGAGCUCCGGGCCCACUAGGGCAGAGGGGCCACACUUGGUUUCUACUGAUCCCCCUACAGCGAGGUCGGACUUGGGAUGUGGCCACCUGGCCCUGCCCAGCCCCUCCCCUUGUCACACAGCUUUAAUACCUUACUACUUUUAUUUAAAGAUGAACAGGAUGGGAGAGAAGGGGUGUCCCCUGCUCCCAUGUCAUACAUACUCUGUGGGGACACAGGAAGCAUAUGGAGGGCAUGGGGUAAAGCAUAGAAGCAGCUUUCUCCCAGUGUUCAGGGGCAUUUUCUUAGUGACAUGUUGACAGGCUGCCGCACACAUUCAUUUGGGAGCCAAGCAUGUGAGCUGAAUACCUGCAAGAUAACUACAGGCCAGGCUGAAAGCUGGCCCUCCCUCUCCAGCCGUACCAAGCCAGACCCCUUCCAGACUGCCCUACACAUGGGGUAAGGGAGCCACUUCCCAGCCUGGCUCAGACACCACUUGGGGGUCUGGGUGGGGGCUAUGCCCAGGUGCGUGAGAGACCUUGCUUCCUGGCCUCACCUUGGAGGGUCCCAUGUGCCGAGUGCUACAGACCCCGAGGGCUUGGGCGUAAGGUCUGAGCAGCUAUGCACUGUCAGGUGAGGGGCUUGGUGCCUCUCCCAUGUGCCUGAGAAUUGCUGGUGGGGGUGUGCUGGGUGCAUGCCUUGGCCACCCCUAGACUCACACAGAUGACCCCUUCCCUGUUCAAAGCCAUUGAUGGAGCUUCUCUGGACUCGUUUGCCAAAAUCCCAAGGCAGAACCCAAGGGUCCAAGACCAUUUCCAUGGAGCACACAUUUUCCUGUUCUGUAGGAAUUUUUUUUUUUAACCAGCACCACACCACGCUUCCGAAAGCCGUGUUUCAUCUCUCCUGGAUCACUACAGUGAAGUAUUACAGUCAUAUAGUUCCCAAUCUGGCCUUGGCUUGCUCGGACAAAACUUUGUAUGUAUUUUGUAUGGCAUAGAUUCUAUAUUGUAAUGAUGUCCUAUGCAAAAAGAAAAAAAAUUAAAUUGUAAAUUUUAUCGUUUUAACGUGUAUGCAUGUUUAGUGACGUUUACAUUUUGAAAUAAAAUUUAUGAUUCAUUA